GCAUGAAAUGAAACAUUGAUCAUGCUGUAGUCCAACUAACACACUGUUCCAAAACAAUGGUUGAGAUGGGAGUUGAAGCCACUACAAGGGAAGCCAUUAAACCAUCUUCGCCAACACCUCCUCACCUUAGAACCUUCAAGCUCUCCUUUCUAGACCAGUCGUCUCCCUUAAUGUACUUCCCAUUUGUGUUCUUUUACCCUGCUACUGGUGACCAAAUCCCAGUAGAGAAAAAAAUUGCACAGCUUAAAGAUUCACUGUCGAAAGCUCUAACUCUCUUUUACCCAAUUGCAGGAAGGAUCAAAGAUGCCACCACCAUUGAUUGUAACGAUGAGGGAGCUCUGUAUGUGGAAGCCAGAGUAAGUUGCUCUCUGAGUGAAUGUAUUAGUCCACCCAAAAUUGAGUUACUAGACAACUUCCUCCCUUGUGAAAUUAUUUGUAAGGAGCCGCCGAAGGAGUUAGCACAGAUAGCUGUUAAGGCUAACAUAUUUUCAUGCGGUGGCAUUGCGCUUGGCAUGUGUUUUUUCCACAAACUCAUCGAUGCAGCCACUUUUACUGCAUUUGUGAAAGCAUGGGCUACCAUUGCUCGUGAAAAUUGUGAUAAAGAAGUGAAUGUCAAUAACACAGCAGCGACAAUUUUUCCACCAAAUGAAGAAUUUUCUCCGGCUAUGGCAGCAACGGGAGAGCUAGCCUCCAUGGCUAAAGAAGCCCAGGGGAGAAUCCAGAGGUUUGUGUUCAAUGCUUCUUCCUUAUCUACUCUCAAGGCUAAGGCAAGAAGUGAGCAAGUCCCUAACCCAUCUCGCUCAGGAGCUGUAUCUGGGCUGAUUUGGAAAUGUGCCUUGAAAGCAUUUAGAGAGACAUCUUCAGAGUUCCAAAGACCGUCGCUACUGACAUUUUCCCUCAAUCUUCGACCAAGACUGAAGCCACCGCUACCACAACAUACUGUUGGCAAUAUUAUCUUAACAAAGACUACAUGUUACGAUCCAACAAGUGAAACAAUCAGUGAUGAACUACCUCGCUUGGUUAGUCUUAUAAGGAAAACAGUGGACAAAGUUGAUUUGGACUAUUUGAAGAAACUGCAAGGCACAGAAGGUUACAAGGAGAUUCACAAGUCAUUAGAAGAAGAGCAAGGAAUGUAUUCUGACUCAAGAAAGCCAAUCAUUUAUGGAGUUGCAAGUAUGUGUACAAUGGGUUUCUAUGAAGCUGAUUUUGGGUGGGGGAGGCCUAUAUGGGUUGCUCUUGGUCCAGUUGUGAAGACAUUGUUGAAGAAUUUUAUUCUUCAGAAGGAGACAAGCUCUGGCGAUGGAAUAGAAGCAUGGGUGGUUUUGGAUAAGCAAGAAAUGGAAAUAUUUGAGAGUGAUCCAGAACUUUUGACAUAUGCCACUCUAAACCCAGAUAUAUCCUCCUAGAUUAUGCCUCUCUGUAUGUCAAAUAUGCUAUGCUCUGUUCUUGAUGAAUUAUAUGAUUCGUGCUGCUGUAUUUUUUUUACAAAAAA